AUGGUGGACGUGAACGGUGUGCUUGCACCAGUGCAGCAGAGAAUGGAGCACAGUGCUGCAGGAGCACCCAUCAGCCAAUGGCGAGGACGCCUCAUAGACAACGCACCAUCGUGUGACACGCCUGAAGAGGCAACGACCACAGUUCCAGCGAGAAACGGCCUCAUCUACAUGCUGCUCAGCACCUCUUGUUACAAACAAGGACAAUGCCCUCAUCAGCGACUGCGACACUGUAUCCACUAUCCUCGAUUGAUCCAAGGACCACCAACACAGCUGUCUGAUGAGGCACGCCAGCUGGAAACGGCAUCAUCCACUACUGCUGCAUCCCACGAAGCACAUUCGCUGGCACUCUUGGUGCGGGAGGCAACCUCACAGGCAUUCAACGACCUCAUCUCCAACGUCCCAGCCAGCAGAUCGUUCGACGACGACGAUGCUUGCCAUCGGCACAGCUCCACAUACAGCGAUUACAGUACAGUGGGCUGGCGGCGUGCUUGCGUCAAACGGCAACAUCAACGACCAGCAUCAGGAGGCGUGCUUGCUAUGAAUGGCCUUGUCCACUGCAUUCCUCCCGCCAACGCCGUGUCUCUGCUCGUCAUCGACCCAGUGUGCUGAUGUGACGAAAUGUGGUACGCGUGUAUCGUGCAUGGGUGCUUGUCUUCUUCUCCACUUGUGUGUCUGCUUCCCUGCUCGGCUUAGAUCUUCUUCGUGGGCUGUGU